GCAGUGACCAGCACCAAGAUUUGCUCUGCUGCAGUGCUUCCAUUGGUGUAAUUUUUCCUUAGCCCGGGCUAGCUUGCAUUGUCGGUCCGGGAUCCUCAUCCGACAGCGCGUUUAUAAACUGCUGAUUGACCCCCUCCAAUUGUCUGACAGCGCUCUGCUUGUCAAUCAAGUUUGGCAAUCAAAUCUCCAUUGCGAUUCAUCAUGAAGUUGCUUGGAAGCGUGCUGCUUUCCGGCUUGGCUUCGGCCGCCAUUCUGCGACGCGACGACGCCGCCAACGACAAGCUCGCGGCGUGCCCGGGCUACAAGGCAUCCAAUGUCAAGACUAGCGACACUGGCUUGACUGCCGAUCUCACCCUCGGCGGCACUGCGUGCAAUGCCUACGGAGACGAUCUCAAGGAUCUGACUCUCGCUGUGACAUACGAGACUGACAACCGCAUUCACGUCAAGAUCCAGGACAAGGACAACCAGGUCUACCAGGUUCCCGAGUCUGUGUUCCCGCGCUCCAAGGAAACCUCGAGCGCCGGCAAGAACGCGCUCAAGUUUGAGCACACCGAGUCGCCAUUUAGCUUCAAGGUCAGCCGCGGCAACGAAGUCCUCUUUGACUCGUCGGCCGCGUCGCUUGUGUUUGAGUCGCAGUACUUGCGCCUGCGUACCAGCCUGCCCGAAAAUCCCAACCUCUACGGUCUCGGCGAGCACUCCGACUCACUGCGCCUCGGCACCGACAACUACAUCCGCACUCUCUGGAAUCAGGAUUCCUAUGGUAUCCCCAACAAUGCCAACCUCUACGGCGCUCACCCCUUCUACCUUGAGCACCGCGAGACGGGCUCCCACGGUGUGCUCUUCCUCAACUCCAACGGCAUGGACAUCAUGAUCAACAAGGACGAAGCUGGCAAGCAGUACCUCGAGUACAACACGCUCGGUGGCGUCCUCGACUUUUACUUCUUUGCUGGUCCCACGCCCGUCGAGGCUGUCCAGCAGUACGGCGCUCUCGCCGGCACUCCUGCCAUGCAGCCCUACUGGGGUCUUGGCUACCACAACUGCCGCUACGGCUACCAGGAUGUCUUUGAAGUCGCAGAGGUUGUUUACAACUACAGCCAGGCCGGUAUUCCCCUCGAGACCAUGUGGACUGAUAUCGACUACAUGGACCGCCGCCGCACCUUCUCCAACGACCCCGAGCGCUACCCCAUCUCCAAGAUGCGCGCUCUCGUCGACAAGCUGCACAGCGGCGACCAGCACUAUAUUGUCAUGGUAGAUCCUGCAGUGGCCUACCAGGACUACGGCCCUCUCCACCGUGGCAUUGAGCAAAACGCUUUCCUGCUGCGCGCCAACGGCUCUGCCUGGCUCGGCGUCGUCUGGCCCGGUGUCACCGUCUUCCCGGAUUGGUUUGCCCCCUCGGCGCAAGACUACUGGACCGGCGAGUUCAAGCGCUUCUUUGACAAGGACGCCGGUGUCGACAUUGACGGCCUCUGGAUCGACAUGAACGAGCCCUCCAACUUCCCAUGCAACUUCCCCUGCGACGACCCCUACGCCGCCGCAAAGGGCUUCCCUCCCACGCCCCCUCCAGUCCGCGCCAACCCUCGUCCCAUCCCCGGCUGGUCUUGCGAUUUCCAGCCCGAGGGCUGCACCGGCAAGCGCUCCAUUGGCGAGGUCGAAGUACCCGCGGAAGCUCGCGCCAUCGACACCUCCAGCCUUGUCCUGCCUGCUCGCCGCGCUGCUGCCGGCGACCAAAAGGGUCUCCCCGGCCGUGAUCUCCUCUACCCCAAGUACUCCAUCCACAACAAGGCCGCCUACCGCGACGACUGGAACGCCGACAAGGGCGGCAUCUCCAACCACACCGUCAACACAGACCUCAUCUCGCAGAGCGGCCUGGCCAUGUACGACUGGCACAACCUGUACGGCUCGCUCAUGUCGAUUGCCUCGCAGCGCGCCAUGGAGACCCGCCGCCCCGGCCUCCGCCCUCUCAUCAUCACCCGCAGCACCUACGCCGGCGCUGGCUCCAAGGUCGGCCACUGGCUCGGCGACAACCUGUCCAACUGGCAAAAGUACCGCGAGUCGAUCCGCGGCAUGCUGGCGUUUGUCUCACUCUUCCAGUUCAACAUGGUCGGCUCUGAUGUGUGCGGCUUUGGCGACAACACCAAUGAGGAGCUCUGCGCGCGCUGGGCCUCCCUCGGCGCCUUCUACACCUUCUUCCGCAACCACAACGCCGAGGGCUCCGUACCGCAGGAAUUCUACCGCUGGCCCGCGGUCGCCGAGUCGGCCAAGAAGGCCAUUGACAUCCGCUACCGCCUGCUCGACUACAUGUACACGGCGAUGCACCGCGCCAACAGCGACGGCACGCCCGCCCUGUCGCCCGUCUUCUACCACUACCCGCACGACAAGGCCACCUACGGCCUGGAGCUGCAGUACUUUUACGGCCCUGGUGUCAUGGUUGCUCCUGUGACGGAGCAAGGCGCCACUUCGGUGUCUGUGUACCUCCCCGAGGACAACUUCUACGACUGGUACACGCACAAGCUUAUCCCUGGCGGCCGCACCCACACAUUUGACAAUGUGUCCAUGACGCACAUCCCGCUACUCAUCAAGUCGGGUGUCAUCCUGCCUGUGCGCAUCAAGUCGGCCAUGACGACCACCGAGGUCCGCAAGCAGGACUUUGAGCUGAUUGUGCCGCUUGACGAGGACCACCAGGCUAAGGGCGAGCUGUACAUUGACGACGGCGUGUCCAUUGAGCAGAAGAGCGUCACGGACAUUCAGUUUGAGUACAAGAAUGGUGUUUUGUCGCUUAAGGGCACUUUGGGUCUUGACCACCCCUUUGCGAUCCGCAAGGUGACUAUCCUUGGCGAGGACUGCAAGACAAAGGGCAAGUCGGCGGGUGCUGAUGGCAAGAGAAGCCGCAGCGUUGAUGUCAACAUUUCGCUGUCCAAGGAGAGCUCUACUAAGAUCUAGAGGGGUGACGGAAUACAGAACUAAGUUUUAUUAGCGUGACUAUAUUUUAAUGAAAGUGUUAUUUUAUACAACAUCCAAAUACAGUAUGUGAACUGUCUGUCUAU